CGGGGAGGGCGGGGACUCGCGCUCAUUGCCGCGCGCGCCCGGCGCAGCGUCCUCACUCGCCGCCGACGGCCUUCCUCACUGCGUGUCCUCUCGCCGCUGCCCCGCAGAAAUGCUCCGGCUACCCGCCGUCCUUCGCCAGGCUAGACCAGUGUUCCGGGCGCUGGCCCCGCAGCUCACUCGAGCUUAUGCCAAAGACGUGAAAUUCGGUGCGGACGCCCGCGCCCUCAUGCUUCAGGGUGUAGACCUCCUGGCCGACGCCGUCGCCGUUACAAUGGGGCCAAAGGGAAGAACCGUGAUCAUUGAACAGAGUUGGGGAAGUCCCAAAGUAACAAAAGAUGGCGUGACUGUUGCAAAGUCAAUUGAUUUAAAAGACAAAUACAAAAAUAUUGGGGCUAAACUUGUGCAAGAUGUUGCCAACAACACAAAUGAAGAAGCAGGAGACGGCACCACCACUGCAACUGUGCUAGCGCGCUCCAUUGCCAAGGAAGGCUUCGAGAAGAUCAGCAAAGGCGCAAACCCCGUGGAGAUCAGGAGAGGUGUGAUGUUAGCUGUUGACGCUGUGAUUGCUGAACUUAAAAAACAGUCUAAACCUGUGACAACUCCCGAAGAAAUUGCUCAGGUUGCUACAAUUUCUGCAAAUGGUGACAAGGAAAUUGGCAACAUCAUAUCUGAUGCCAUGAAGAAGGUUGGGAGGAAGGGCGUCAUCACAGUGAAGGAUGGAAAAACCUUGAAUGAUGAAUUGGAAAUUAUUGAAGGCAUGAAGUUUGAUCGAGGAUAUAUUUCUCCAUACUUUAUUAAUACAUCAAAAGGUCAGAAGUGCGAAUUCCAGGAUGCCUAUAUUCUACUGAGUGAGAAGAAGAUUUCUAGUGUCCAGUCCAUUGUACCUGCUCUUGAAAUCGCCAAUGCUCACCGGAAGCCCUUGGUCAUAAUUGCUGAGGAUGUUGACGGAGAAGCUCUUAGUACCCUGGUUUUGAACAGGCUAAAGGUUGGUCUUCAGGUUGUCGCAGUCAAAGCUCCAGGGUUCGGUGACAAUAGGAAGAAUCAGCUGAAAGACAUGGCUAUUGCCACUGGUGGUGCAGUCUUUGGAGAAGAGGGGUUAACCCUAAAUCUUGAAGAUGUUCAAGCCCAUGACUUAGGAAAAGUUGGAGAGGUCAUUGUGACCAAAGAUGAUGCCCUGCUUUUGAAAGGCAAAGGUGACAAAGCACAAAUUGAAAAACGUAUUCAAGAAAUCACUGAGCAAUUAGAAAUCACAACCAGUGAAUAUGAGAAGGAGAAACUGAAUGAGCGACUGGCGAAGCUUUCAGAUGGAGUGGCUGUGCUGAAGGUUGGUGGGACAAGUGAUGUCGAGGUGAAUGAGAAGAAGGACAGGGUCACAGAUGCCCUCAAUGCUACGAGGGCAGCUGUGGAAGAAGGCAUCGUGCUGGGGGGCGGUUGUGCCCUGCUUCGGUGCAUUCCCGCCCUCGACGCCUUAACUCCUGCUAAUGAAGAUCAAAAAAUUGGUAUAGAAAUUAUUAAAAGAACACUGAAGAUUCCUGCGAUGACCAUUGCUAAGAAUGCAGGCGUGGAAGGAUCUUUGAUAGUUGAGAAAAUCCUGCAGAGCUCCUCUGAGGUUGGCUAUGACGCUAUGCUCGGAGACUUUGUGAAUAUGGUAGAGAAAGGCAUCAUUGAUCCAACAAAGGUUGUAAGAACUGCUUUGCUGGAUGCUGCGGGGGUGGCCUCUCUGUUAACUACGGCAGAAGUCGUGGUCACAGAAAUCCCUAAGGAGGAGAAGGACCCGGCCAUGGGCGCCAUGGGCGGGAUGGGUGGCGGGAUGGGCGGCGGCAUGUUCUAGCCUAGAGUAGCACGUGGCCCUUGCUGAUGAACUGUGACAGGAAGCUCCACGCAGGGUCCUUCCCAGUAACUGGAGAAUUCGGAUAAAGGAAAUGAAGGCUGGCUAAUGUAAGGAAAUCACACACCCAUCAUUGCUGGUUUCAGUUACAAUAUAUAAUGGUUUACUGCUGUCAUUGUCCAUGCCUACAGAUAAUUUAUUUUGUAUUUUUGAAUACAAAAGCAUUUGUACAUUCCUGAAACUAGGUGCCAGAGCCACAUACCAGUGUACUGCUUUCAACUUAAUCACGGAGGCACUUCUACUACUAUUCUGUUACAGUCAGGAUUCUAGUGCUUGCCAUCACAGACGAAAAGUUCAGAAGCAGCCUUUCUGUGGAGAGGAGUAAUUGUGUACAGAGUAGAGAAAACCAGUUAUGUGACAACCUUUGUGUAAUAAAAAUCUGUUUAAAGUUA